AUGAACGGGACGGGGCAGGGGCUGUACGACCGCAGCGAAACCUUACCGGCCGGGGCUCGCCCGCUGAUCAGCGCCUUCAUGUUCUCCGCCGGACUCCUGGGCAACCUCUUGGCCCUGGGCUUGCUGCUGCGCUGUCGCCGUGGUCCGCGGGCUCGCCCCCCUUCCCUUUUCCACGUCCUGGUGCUGGCUCUGGUGGUCACCGACCUUCUGGGCACCUGCUCCGUCAGCCCUUUCGUCCUGGCUUCCUACCACCACAACCGUACCUUGACCGCCUUGGCACACGGAGGGCACAUCUGCCUCUACUUUGGCUUUGCCAUGAGCUUCUUCGGCCUCGCCACCAUGCUCAUCCUCUUUGCCAUGGCUCUGGAGCGAUGCCUGGCCUUGGGCUGGCCUUACUUCUACGAGCGCUUCCUCAGCCCCCGCACGGGCUUGGUUGCCCUGCCUGCCAUCUAUACCUUUUCAGCAGCCUUCUGCUCCCUGCCGCUGGUGGGCUUUGGGCAGUACGUGCAGUACUGCCCCGGCACUUGGUGCUUCAUCCGGAUGCACCCGGACUCCCGACGGCAAGAUGGCACCAGGGAGAUGUCGGGACUGGACGUCACCUUCUCGCUUCUCUAUGCCACCUUGCUCCUCUUCCUCAUCCUCUCCGUGCUGCUCUGCAACCUCAGCGUGAUUGCCAACCUGGCCCACAUGCACCGGCGCGGGCAGAGGACCCGCCGGCUGGCCACGACUGAGCAGCCCCGGCUGGCCGGCGCCUGUGGCAGGCGCAUGUUCUCCAUGGCUCAAGAGAUCGACCACCUCCUUCUCCUCUCCAUCAUGACCAUCACCUUUGUCAUCUGCUCCCUGCCGUUUACGAUCCGUGCCUACGUGAAUAAGUUCAGCAGAGGAGAGGACAACCAUGCCUGGGACCUCCUAGCCCUGAGGUUCCUCUCUAUUAACUCCAUCAUUGACCCCUGGGUCUUUGCCAUCCUGAGGCCACCAGUCCUGAGGUUCAUGCGCUCAGUGCUGUGCUGCCAGGUGACCCCCUCGGGCCAGGACAGAUGGACUUCCCCCCCUGCAAAGACAAAGCUCUCUCUUCAGCUGGACCCCUGUGGGCAGUAGAUCCAGCAGCCCUUCCAGGUGAAGCACAGCCCUGACAGUUGUUAACACUCUCUGCCUUAGGGCCCAUAAGGAGAUGUAUCUGCAGCCGAGUGGGCCAGCUAUGGGUGGCCCAGCCAGAUGUCACCUCACGUCACCCUGGAAGGGCAGUCUGGUCUCCUCCAGGGCAAAAAGUAGAGUGGGACGAGUUCAGAAGGGCUGCUGAGUGCCUGCAUAUUGCUGCUGUCCUUGGGCAACCUGCUCCCUCCAAGCGAAGGCUGCAGGCGGAGUGAGCCGCACUGCAGGAGGGCUGGGAGGUGACGGAGGGGGCUGCUGUAACCCUGCUGCCUGGACAGGGCUUCCCAGCAGGGUCCCUGCAGCGGGAGGGAGCGCACGGGCAGGCUCCCGGACCUGGGGCUGGGCGGCUGCCGCUGCUGCAGCGCCUGUCUCUGCCCUUCCAUCCCAAAGCAUCAGGCAGGGCAGGAAGGGGGCAGUGCACCCCCAGACGCUCCCCCUUCUUUAGUAGGCUGCUUGCCUUACCGGGUGUGGGUGUGUGUCCUUGUGUCUGUCUGUCCAGAGAGGUUUAGGCUCCAGUGGGUGCCAGCUCAGCAUGCCUGGGGAGCACCAGGGCAGACGAAACAGCCAAAUCCUGGCACCUGUGAUGGCAGCAGAGCUGCGUGGGCCCCUUCUGAGCACUCCUCUGGCCAUUCUCUUUGCCACUUAGAAGCCAACAUGGGGAAUAAAGAGCCCAAAUGGGAGGUUUUGGUCACAGCCAUGAGCUUCACCCAUGCACACAGUGAUGUAGCUGACAGGCUUUGGCUUGGCAAGGAGGAAGGUUCACCCUUUGCUCAUCCUCCUGCCAGGCUGGGCCAAACCUGCUCAGGGGCAUCACUUCUCCAGAGGUUUUAUGUGGAAAAAAGUCCCCAACACCAAAAUCCCCAAAACCAAAAACCCAAGUGCAGAAACACCCAGAUCAUCAAUCCCACCUUGUCAGGCAACACCACUACUUUGUUUUAUGGGAUGCAAGUGCGUCCAGCUCAGUUUCCAUCACUGGGGUAUCUUGUUGGGUGCUCAAGAAAGUACAAAGGUGCUGGGAUUUGGAGCCUGUCUGUGGUUUGUUACUUGAAGUGAUGUCAAAAUAAACACAAAUCUUGUUAUUUAAAUAAUAAAUGUCUCUGAAAG